UGCGAAAUGCGUUAGGAAAUUUCUUACAGUUGUUUGUUUUGCUUUAAACUGGUGGUUUUUAUUUUGAUUUUGUUGAUCCUUUGAAGCCAAGAUGCACUUGCCGCAACAAAGACCACACCACGACAUUGCAGCUUUAUUCGCUAAUGCCCGGAGUCAAGCUACGGAACCAUUUCUACGGGUUAGUGCACCGAUGGUGCGAUACAGUAAAUUCGAAUUCAGGAAAUUGCUCCGCCAGAAUGGUGUUCAAUUGUGCUUUACCCCCAUGAUGAUAUCGGAAUCUAUUAACAACAGCGAAAAGGCCAGACAAAAUGAGUUUAGCACGGAUCAGGAUGAUCAGCCGCUUGUAGCACAAUUCGCGGCCAAGGAUGCAUCGGAGUUUGUGACCUCAGCGCAAUUGAUUUAUCCUUAUGUAGACGGCAUUGAUUUGAACUGUGGUUGCCCGCAGUCCUGGGCUAUGGCCAAAGGCUAUGGUUGUGGUCUAUUGCGUCAGCCAGAGCAGGUGAAGGACAUCGUGCGAGAGGUGCGACGAGUAUUGCCCACGGAUUUCAGUGUCUCUGUGAAGAUGCGUCUAUUGGGUGGCAGCCAGGAGACUUCCCUAGAGCGUACUAUUGAUCUGGCCCGCCAAUUGGAGCACACUGGCGUUACAUUCCUAACACUUCACGGUCGUACUCCUGCCCAGAAGCACUCCAAGGACACUCUAAAUAUCCCUGCCAUGAACGAAGUACAAAAAUCACUGCAAAUCCCUUUAAUAGUUAAUGGCAAUGUGGAAAGCUGGGAGGACGCCAUCGAAUUGCAGUCUCAAACUGGAGCAGCUGGUGUCAUGGCUGCUCGUGGCCUACUAGCGAAUCCGGCACUCUUCAAUAGCAAUUACCCCGAGGCCAAAGUAACGCCCUUGUCAUGUGUACAACAAUGGCUGGACAUUGCUUGUGCCGCCGGUGAUAAUUUGCAUUUUCAGUGUUUCCAUCAUCAUCUCACAUUUAUGUGGAGUAGCCAAAUGAAGCGCAAACUUCGUGUCCAAUUCAAUGGUCUAGAUACAAAGCCACAGGUUAUGGCCUUUCUUGAUGAAAACUAUCAAAUUCGACCCAGUGUCAAUACGGAUCAAUCGAUUAGCUAUACAAAUUGCACCUACACACAUUUCACGCCACCCAAACAUGCCAGGCAUAUUGCGGCCGAAACGGCAGCUCUGGAGGCUACAUGGAAUUCCCAAAGCGAUGGCAAAUUUUUCACUGAAUUUAAAACUCAAUCUACAGCCGAAACCGAUGAAGGCUUAGAGCUAGAUGGCCUCUUUGGUAGUGAAGAAGACUGAUUGAAAGAUUUUGUUUCAACGUAUUGAAAUAAUUUGUAAAUAAUUGUACAAAAAAAUAUAUUGUUAAGUUAAACGUUUGGCAAUUGCUAGUAAAGAUUAUUUAAAGUAA